GUCCAGAGGUCCCAAUCACAGCCGAGUCUGCUCCGGCGAACUCCUCUCCAUCGCAAUUGCCGAUAUCAGAGCUUCUCUGUCUCUCUUCCAACCUCUCGCUCCCUUUUCUCCCCAAGGUUUCGCCCUUUUCGUCGACGAGGUCAAACUCUCUCUUUCUCCUCAAUUAGCUCGUAACAUCCUUCUCUUUUGGCUUUGGGAAAAAAAAUUUCGAACCUUUUCUCAUCCUUUGGGCUGAGCUUAUUCGUCGAGAAGAUUCCAGAAAGUGGUUCUAGAAGGUUCUUCCAGAAUAGGCAAAUUUGCUUUUGCGUUUGCCGGUUCUAAUGGAAAUUCAUUAUCAAAACGCAAAGAGAGACGGUGCUGAAACUGGUCCUCGCAUAUUGGGUCCGCAAGAAGCUGGCAUUGUCUUCCUCAGUCAGGUUUUUGUUCAGUUAUGAGUUUUUUUUGUUCCUUUUGUUAUAUAAAUUUUUCAUGACUUUGAUGUUAUAUUUCACGAAUUGAUUGGUGCUUUGCUUGCAUGCGCUUUUUUUUGUUUGUUCCCUGACAAUAAUAGAGGUGCAAAACAUCUUCCAACCAUCAACUUUGAUAAACUGUUUGCUUUUGCUUUUUAACUUGUUUGAAAUACUUGUGUUGGUUACUGAAAGUUAAGUUAAUUUCAUUGAUUCCACUGUAAUAAGUCCUUUGCUACAAUCUGGUUUCUUCAAUCAGAACAAUUGUUUUGCAUAUUUAUUUAACAAAGUUAUUUUCUUUUGUAAAUAUGGACAAUCACCAGUAUUGGUCACCUAUCUUCAGGUAUCUGUAUGAAAGCUACAGUGAAAGUCAUGAAAAUAAAAUAAAGUGCAUCAUACACUAUUUUGAAAGGAUAAGUUCGCAGAUGCCUUCAGGCUUUGUCUUGUUUGAAUGAAUGUUUCUUCCUUUGGAAUAUCAUCCUUUGUGUAUUUCCUGUCCCAAGGCUGAUUUUUGGGGCAAACCUGCCAUCCCCCUCUGCCCUUUUGAGGCUCAUAGUUCAGGCUUGAUAGAAGAUCAGUCCAAUAAUGCUCUUGAAGUGGAUUUUGCAAACAAGUAUCUUGGAGGUGGUGCUCUGCACAGGGGCUGUGUGCAAGUAUGCCUCUUCAUUUCGUUUUACUGGUGACUACAUAGACAAAAGAAAUGUUGACUUUCUUGGAAGAUGUAAAACCAGGAUCAUUGCUAUUGAUGCUGUAUGCCACCCAAGGAUGAAACAAUACAAACUUAAAUACCUUCUACAGGAGAUUAAUAAGGCAUUCUGUCGCUUUUUGGAUCAAUCAAAAAGUUGUCAGCACAGGAAACUGUUUCAGGAAAAUGGACUUAAUGUGCUUAAUCUUGAUCAAGAUGAUAAAGAUCAUGAUUAUAUAUCCAGGACUAAUAUAUUGUUAGAUGAAUCUACCUCCACUUCUCUUGAAAGGAAUGAAGGAAGAUACAUGAACAAAAAUAUUAGAAAUCCUGAUAGUAAUGGCAGUCAGUUUUUUGACCACCAAGAUAGUAUUGGGAUUGCAACUGGAAAUUGGGGCUGUGGUGCUUUUGGAGGAGAUCUUGAAGUAAAGUAAAGACCAUUAUACAGUGGCUUGCCGCUUCACAUGUAUGUGUCAGUACUCCUUUAGGAGGUGUUAAAUCUUAUAGUGCCUGUGGCACAGAAUAGGGACUUUUAGUUUUGUGCUCAUAUUUUGUAUUUUUGUUAGAUAUUUCCAUUAACUGCAGCACAUCCCUUUCAGGCUCUAAGACCUUUCAUUUCAUACUACACAUUCAGUCCUGAGGCAUUGCAAAAUGUGGAUCAGAUCACUCAAUGGAUUCUGUCACACAAAUGGACGGUUGGGUGCCUUUGGAAUAUAUUGGUAGAGUAUUCAAUCCAGAGAUUCAAGGGAGAAACAAACCUGGGUUUUUUUGCUUGGCUCCUUCCUUCCCUGCCUGCCCACGAGGCUGACAGCUUCAUCCAAGCCCCAGGAAGAUAAUUUUUCUGUUUGCAAUUGGUGACAACCUUGUCUUUGGGCUGGCUUUUCUAACACCAUGAAAUGAGAACUGAAAAGGAAGAAUUACCAGAGAGCAAAUUUUAACCCUCUCAGGUCCCAGCAGUGGUGUCUUCCACAGUUCAAAGCUCAAAUCAACCUUUCAUUCCUACCAACCGUUUUGCCAUGAGAUCAAUGGUGCCGUAUGCUGAAGUGAAUAUGUUCGUUUAUGGUCAUCUACUCAUUCUUUUCUACCCCUCUGCAGGUGUAAUGUUAUGGUUAGAUGACCAUCAACGAACACGUUCAUCACUGUAUUGCAUGCUCAUAACUCGAUAUUAUUAUCUACUACAAAUCAUUCAAGGUAUACAUUUGUUUUGUUAAUCUUCACUUAGUUUGCCAUUUCAUAUCUUUGUUGUGUGAUUUUUUUUGCACCAUAGCGUGCAGUUUCAGUAAGUGAAUGUUAGAAGGACAUGAUAAUGGUGCUAAUUAACUUAACCACUCAUUCCAAAAAUUGCAUGUUUUGGAGUGAACUGAACUCUUUUAUGCUUUUAAAACCGCCCUUCAGCUGUAUUGCCUUCAAAAGCUUGAGCAAAGCAGCGAAACUGCCGAAGCAAGGGGGACAGUUACAACAUACAACAUAGCAUUUCCUUUUGCUUUGGCCCUUGAAACUGGGUUUAUUGCGCUGUAGGUUGAUUCUAUUGGGGAUUUGGACUGGACCAAGGGAUGAAAGUUUUUCUAUUUGAUUAGCAAAAAAUUUAGAAAGGAAGGGAGUUUAUCCAAAUGAGAAAAGCAAAGAGGUGGGAAGGGAAGGGAAGGGCAAGACAAUCGUAUCUUUUUAAUCUCCUCAGCUCUUCUGUGAAAAAUAUAGAUCAGGUAUUAAAAAUAUAGAGUCCCAACAAAAACGACGUAAUUUCUUAAUCCCAGCCCCAGCCCCAUCUCUUCUUCGCCCUUUUUGUAAUCAUCUCCAUCUCCUUUAAGCCCCUUCUGCAGUCAUGU